GAUUUUGGGUUAAUAUUAAUAUUUCAAAUAUGAAUUCAAAUGGGAAAACACGCAGGAAUUACAAGGAACUAAACCAUAGGAUAUAGAUAAAACUACUUGACUAAUUAGGACUGCAUGAAAUGAACUGCUCGAACUACACGAAUGAACUUUGUAAUGAAUUAUGUAAUGAACUAUGGGACAAACGAAUAUACAGUUGCAAACAGACCGACGAUUAAGGUGCACUCUUUUCAUUCUCAUCAAAUUUACACAAGUUAAUAUCACAGUCCAGUACUUUAGUGAAUAUAUUUCACAUUUUUGGUCCUUCGAGCCGGAUACGUGAUUUAGUGAGUGUAAAUUCGUUCAUUCCGCAUCAAGAGUGAACAACGGUUUUUACGGCUUCAAGAGUGCAAGUCAUUACGUGACAUUCCCGCCAUCGCAUUUCGCCCCGCAUCAAGGGCAACGGUCGUUUUCGCGCCAUCAUUCGAAUUUCGCGCCAUCGUGUUUGUGUGUGAUAUCUGAGUUCCGGAAAAUGGAAAAAAUGGAAAAGAAAAUCAAGCCAGUGCAGCUGAAGAAGAGGAUCGCCGUGGAAAAUAUAAAGUCGCUGGAACGGUUCCAGGCAGAAUACUCUACCGAUGAUGCCAAGCAGAUUCCAGAGGCGUUAGAGGAUUUGGAGAAGCAUAAAGAAGGGUUCUUCGCCGCGGUUUCCAAACUGGAAGAGCUCGACGACAGUGACACAAUGAUCGAAGCUUGCAUCAUGGAAAGGAUCGACAUCGAGGAACGCUGCCGCAAGCUGAAAUCUUUUCUUCGAGAGCAUCAACCGAAGGAAGAAGGUUCCCUUAACGAGACGACAGGUUUGGCAUCAUCUACGCUUGCGUUUGGUCGACCUCACGCGCCAAACCUACGCCUGCCAAAAAUUGAGCUGCCAACGUUCGAUGGAGACCACACAAAAUGGCUCUCGUUCCGUGAUCGGUUUAUAGCCAUGAUCGACGCUUCUGCCGAGCUACCGUCUAUCGCCAAACUGCAAUACCUGCUUUCUUCGCUCAAGGGGGAUGCAGCAUUACCCUUCGAACACACACCUCUAACGGCAGACAAUUAUUCAGUGACGUGGGCAGCACUUUUAAAACGGUACGAUAAUUCUCGUCUGCUAAUACGUGAGUAUUAUCGUAAAUUGCACUAUCUUCCCGGAGUGCAAUCGGUGUGCGUGGAUAAGCUAACCCACUUGGUGGAUGAAUUCACCCGUUUCGUCAACGGACUGGUGAAGCUCAAGGAACCGGUUGAUUCAUGGGACACACCACUAUCGAACAUGCUGCUUAUGAAACUGGAUCGUGAAACGCUAUUGGCUUGGGAAAAACACUCCGUACACUUCACCAAGGAUGCAUACAAGGAUGUAAUUGCGUUCGUGCAAGAUCGAAUCCAGAUCCUCAAAUCGACCAACAAUUUUGUGAGUGAGCAGAGCGCUAGUGGAACUAAGGUGGCCGGCAUUCAUCGUCACGCAGUGCAACGGAGGUUCGUCGCAAAUGCAGCUGCAUCGUGCCCUACUCCUGCUGUUUCAUCUGGUUCGAUUCAGCAGCCCAAGUGUCCAUUAGAGUGCGCAGAAGCUCACCCAUUACGCAGCUGUCCAGUUUUUAUCGGCAAGGAGGUUCAGCACCGCCGGGACGUCGUCUCAUCGAAGCGGUUGUGCUGGAACUGUCUAAGCAGCACACAUCAAGUCAGAGCGUGCAAAUCUGACUAUUCGUGUCGUACGUGUCGUGAACGCCAUCACACUCUCCUGCAUCACACGCCACCUAGAACGGUCACAAUGGCAGCACAUUCCGACGACGACAAAGUGUUUUUGGAAACAGCAAACGUCCAGGUCAAGGACGAUUACGGCAAUCUCUUCGAGGCAAGGGCCUUACUCGACUCCGGUUCCAUGUCGAAUUUCAUAUCCGAUGAAUUCGCUCGGAAAUUGUUGACUAGUCGCAACAAGGUUAACGUCGCUGUAUCGGGCAUUGGAAAUGCAGUACAGCAAGUGAAGGGUUCGAUCGUCGCAACGGUGCAGUCGAAAACUCAAUCCUUUGCUACGGAGAUGGCUUUUCUGGUGUUGGAAACGCCAUCAGCUCACAUUCCCACUUCACCUACGGACAUCUCAUCGUGGAAAAUGCCGGACGUGGCAUUAGCUGACACCAACUUUAAUUUGCCUGGGCAUAUCGACAUCGUCAUCGGAGGCGAUACUUUCUGGGAGCUUCACACCGGUCGCAAGCGCUCUAUUGGCAGAGGCAAACCGUGGCUGGUGGAGACGCACUUCGGCUGGGUGGUAUCCGGCAACACACAGCACUCAUCAACUGGCCCGCGGGUGUGCCAUCUCGCAACACACGACAUCCCCUUGGAGGAAAUUAUGCAGCGCUUUUGGGAAAGCGAAACCAUAGCCGAGGAUCCUGUGCUAUCGGUCGAAGAGGAUGCCUGCGAAAAACACUACUCAUCGACAACCGUUCGCAAUUCAGCGGGAAGGUAUGUUGUUAGUUUCCCUUUUAAUCCUAAUCCAAAUGUCGUUUUAGGGGAAUCUAAAGCAACAGCCGAUCGUAGACUCCGUUGUAUGGAACGCCGUUUGGUGAAUAAUCCUACAAUGAGAGACGAAUAUGUAAAAUUCAUGCGGCAAUACGAACAUUUGGGUCACAUGAAGAGGCUUACUGGUCCGGUAGACGAUUCGACUCAACAUUAUUACCUUCCUCAUCAUGCCGUGGUAAAGAGUCGAGCACAACAACGAAGGUUCGGGUUGUUUUUGACGCGUCGUGCAAGACGUCCAGUGGCUAUUCGUUGA